CUUUGGAACUUUCAUGGUCCUAGCGGAUUUCCUGUGGCUACAGAUGGCUGAGAGGAGGCUGGCCCCACUGGGCUUCAGUCCCCACCCCGCCCCCAACUCCCUGGGAGGGCCUAGAAGCCAGGUCCCAAACAGGACCGAUCAGGAACGUCUGCAGAUGCUCUCUAGAGCCGCUACUAUCCUGGGCUUCGUUCAGUGUGCUCUCAGCGGGACACAGAGGAAAGUUAGUCUGGAGACAUCUAGGUCCUCGGGCGCUAGCUGGCCUGGUCGGCGUGGAGGUGGAGGAAAGAAUGGCCAGGCGUGGGCCAGGGGCCAGGAGUGGAGGACGGCCGAGGGGCUCCCGGUCCCAGGAAGGGCAGGCAUGAUGACCAGCUCCCCAUUCCUGGAGCUAUGGCCAUCUAAGGCUGUGUCCAUCCGUGAGCGUCUGGGCCUUGGGGACAAACCCAAUGACUCCUACUGCUACAACUCGGCCAAAAACAGUACUGUGCUCCAGGGGGUCACCUUCGGAGGGAUCCCUACCGUCCUGCUCAUAGAUGUCAGCUUCUUCCUGUUUUUAAUCUUGGUGUUUUCUAUCAUAAGAAGAAGAUUCUGGGAUUAUGGCCGAAUUGCCUUGGUGUCAGAAGCAGGCAGUGAGGCCAGAUUCCAGAGACUGUCAUCGACUUCUUCCUCAGGUCAACAAGACUUUGAAAAUGAGCUGGGAUGCUGCCCUUGGCUGACUGCCAUCUUCCAUCUUCAUGAUGACCAGAUCCUGGAGUGGUGUGGGGAGGAUGCCAUCCACUACCUGUCCUUCCAGAGGCACAUCAUCUUCCUGCUGGUGGUGGUCAGCUUCUUGUCCCUGUGUGUCAUCCUGCCUGUCAACCUCUCAGGAGACUUACUGGACAAAGACCCUUACAGUUUUGGGAGGACAACAAUAGCAAACCUGCAGACCGAUAAUGACCUCCUCUGGCUGCACACUGUCUUCUCCGUCAUCUAUCUACUCCUCACUGUGGGCUUCAUGUGGCAUCACACACGGUCCAUCAGGUACAAAGAGGAGAGCCUGGCAAGACAGACUCUAUUCAUCACAGGACUCCCCAGAGAAGCCAGAAAGGAGACUGUGGAGAGCCACUUUCGGGAUGCAUAUCCCACGUGCGAGGUGGUGGAUGUCCAACUGUGCUACAGUGUGGCCAAGCUGAUGUACCUGUGCAGAGAGAGAAAGAAGACUGAAAAGAGCCUGACCUAUUAUACGAACCUACGGGCGAAGACAGGCCGACUGACCCUCAUUAAUCCCAAGCCUUGUGGCCAGUUCUGUUGCUGUGAAGUGCAGGGCUGUGAGCGGGAAGAUGCUAUCUCUUACUACACUCGAAUGAAUGAAAGUCUACAAGAGAGGAUCACAGUUGAACAGUGCCGGGUCCAGGAUCAGCCCUUAGGAAUGGCCUUUGUCACCUUCCGUGAGAAGUCCAUGGCUACCUACAUCCUGAAAGACUUUAAUGCCUGCAAAUGCCAGGGCCUUUGGUGCAGAGGUGAGCCUCAACCAUCCUCUUACAGCAGAGAGCUCUGCGUCGCUAAGUGGACCAUCACCUUCGCCUCUUACCCUGAGGACAUCUGCUGGAAGAACCUCUCUGUCCAGGGCCUUCGCUGGUGGCUGCAGUGGCUGGGCAUCAACUUCACUCUGUUUCUGGUGCUGUUUUUCCUGACUACACCCUCCAUCAUUCUGUCUACAAUGGACAAGUUCAAUGUCACCAAACCCAUCCAUGCACUGAAUAACCCAGUCAUCAGCCAGUUCUUCCCCACCCUCCUUCUCUGGUCCUUCUCUGCGCUGCUCCCAUCCGUUGUCUACUAUUCCACACUGCUGGAGUCUCACUGGACCAGGUCAGGGGAAAACCAGAUCAUGGUAUCCAAGGUCUACAUAUUCUUGAUCUUCAUGGUGCUGAUCCUGCCCUCCCUUGGUCUCACCAGCUUAGAUUUUUUCUUCCGGUGGCUCUUUGACAAAACUUCCUCAGAGGCAUCCAUCAGGUUGGAGUGCGUCUUCCUGCCAGACCAGGGUGCCUUCUUUGUGAACUAUGUCAUUGCCUCGGCCUUCAUCGGCAGUGGCAUGGAACUGCUGCGGCUGCCUGGCCUCAUCCUCUACACUUUCCGUAUGAUCAUGGCUAAAACAGCUGCCGACCGCAGGAACGUUAAGCAGAACCAGGCCUUUGAAUAUGAGUUUGGAGCCAUGUACGCGUGGAUGUUGUGUGUCUUCACUGUCAUCAUGGCCUACAGCAUCACCUGCCCUAUUAUAGUGCCAUUUGGCCUCAUCUACAUGUUGCUCAAGCACCUGGUGGAUCGGCACAACCUCUACUUCGCCUACCUGCCAGCCAAGCUGGAGAAGAGGAUCCAUUUUGCUGCUGUGAACCAGGCCUUGGCUGCUCCCAUCCUCUGCCUCUUCUGGCUUUUCUUCUUCUCCUUCCUGCGUCUCGGUCUGAAGGCCCCUGCCACCCUGUUCACCUUCCUGGUGGUGCUGCUCACCAUCCUGGCCUGCCUUAUCUAUACCUGCUUUGGAUGCUUCAAGCACCUCAUCCCUCAGAACUACAAGACAGAAGAAUCAGCAAAUGACAAAGGAAGUGAGACAGAGGCCCAUGUGCCCCCACUGUUCACACCCUACGUGCCUCGGAUUCUGAAUGGUUUGGUCUCUGAGAGGACAGCACUCUCCCCACAGCAGCAGCAGACCUAUGGAGCCAUCCGUAACAUCAGUGGGACUCUUUCUGGGCAGUACUUGGUUCAGAGUCCUGAUGACAGUGUGGCCUGUGCCUACCAGGAAGCCUGACAGUGACCAAGCUGCUGGUCUAGAAGACUCGGGGAGGACUGAGGUGCAGAAGGGGCUAGCCUGCAGUCCUGGACAUAUUCUCCACUUCUUCCAGUCAUUUGAGGCUCCACUGCUUUGAGAAAACAGAACCAACAAAGCCUGAAGCCCAGGCGGUUGGCUGAGGGUACAGGGUGGGGCUACCCCAAAGCAGCAGUACGCUUCUUUUUGUCUGGUUCCAGUGCAAGCGUGGGGAAUGUCAGCAACUCCCUCAUGUGGUCAUUUGAGAAUCUGUACAUUCACUCUCGAAGUGUACAGCUCUGUAAGUUGGGAUGAUGUCCCCAGUUGUUUAUAGCCAAGAUCAUGUGUUAGAAUUUUACCCUUAGGCUGAUCAGCCUUGGGAGACUGCUGGAUGAUAGGGCGUUGUGUCCAGGGAAAGACCUGGUCCCUCUGAGUCCUGAGCACUGCUUACCCCUCUGCAAGCUGAUGAACAGUUAAUGAUGCAGCCUUGGGUCUCAGGUCUCGGAUUGAGCCCACGUGGGGGCCAGGUGCCCCAGUACUCCUCCAGCAUACAGCUCCUACUCAGAGAUCAGUGGAUGGGAACCUGGAAGGGACCUGCCCUUGCAGACUGCAGCAGGCUCUGGUCUACACUCCACACCUGCUGUGCUUCUGGGUUUUGGUGUCGUGUUGCCUGAGACUCUUGUGGCUGGGUCAGGGUCACCCUGCAGCAGGCAGGGAUAGUAGGAACCAUUAAUAAAGUGCCCACUGGGCCAGGUGGUGAGAUGCCACCUCUUAUGCCUUGUCCAGA